AUGAAAAUUAUUAUUGCCACAAGAGUUAAUCAAUUUCUCAUUGAAGUGGGUAACUUAGAAACAGUUAUUGAAAUCAAAAGGAAAAUAGAAGAAACUCAUGGUGUUCCGGUGGCUUACCAAAUGCUAACAGUUUCUGGAUGGGAACUCGUUGAUGGAUUAGACAUGGAAGAUUACCCAAUAGUCACUGAAGGCACAAAAGUUGAUCUCGCCAUCAAGUCAGGGGUGUCACAUUCCAUUUACUAUAAUAAGAAUAUGCAAAUCACAGUAAAGUUUCCAGCUAAAAAGACUAACAUAGAGGUGGACCAGACAGAUACUGUCCGUAGCUUGAAGGAAAAAAUACACAUCAUUGCUAAUAUCCCCAUCAAAAAAAUGUCACUUUUCUUUUUGGGGAAGGAACUGAAUGAAGAUUUUCGAAACCUAAAUGAGUAUGGUAUUUGUGAAUUUUCUGAAAUUAUUGUGUUCCUCAAGACCACAAAUCAGUCCAAAGAACCAUCAUCUAAGAAGGUGAGCUUUGUGGUACAAACUUCCUCUAGUUUGCUAAAUGCAGCCACCAUUCCAGUGGAGAUGAGGGAUAUAAGCACUAUUAAUGACUUGAAGGAGUUGCUGAUAGGUAGAAAAAUUCUGCCGGUUGAUGACUAUUUGUUUAUACACAGGCAGAGGAUUAUGCGUGAUAGUUGUAGCCUUAGGUGGCAUGGGGUUGAAAAUGGCGACCAUCUCUACGUAUUCAAAGGGACGGCUAGUCGCAGUGGGUAA